AUGUCGACUGGACUUUUGAUCCCAUCGUCCUCCGCCCUGUCUAACCCCCUCGUUUACUUGUAUACACCCGUCCACUGGACACGGAUUUUACUCCUUCUUCCCUCAUUUUCAGCCGAUGACAUCCCAGAACGUCAAAAGGCCUUCAAAGUUGAGCUCAGUGAAGCCCUGCAAUGUGCUGAGAAGAUCAAGGACAGUCUGAAACAUCAUAGCAACUUGGCAUCGUUGACUGCUAACGGAGCGGAGGAGGAGGAAGACCAUGCGGGUAUUUAUCGUACUUUUUAG